UUGUGAUAAGGGUAAUAAUGGGAUGGAUCCCUCCCUAUUUUGUGGUCACAAAUGAUAUUUAUCCAAUUGAAUGGCAGGGCGUGAAUUCCGACAUUGGAGAAGGAAAAGGGGAAGGAAUGGACAUAAUUUAAUUGGGAAGAGAUAGAGAUAAGAAGAGUAUUGAUUGAGAAAAAGGAUAAUGUUGUGAAGGAAAGAAGGAAGGAAGAAUGAGCAGUUUUAGUUUAUAUGCUGGAAUGAAAUUGUCAUGGCCGAUAGGAGACGUAAGUAGGCAACAGAUACAGAUGGGAAAUGUUAAAAUUAUGGCGUGUGUUUCUGAUGGUUCUACUCACAGUCAGAGUUCCUUCCUUUCCCGUAGCCAGACCUAUGCUCUUUUGAAACAGCAAAUGGAUGUGGCCGCCAAAUCUGAGGACUACAAAGAGGCUGCCAGACUUCGUGAUUCUUUGAAAAUAUUUGAGGACCAAGAGCCUGUUUUGCGCCUUCACAGAUUGGUCAAAGAGGCUAUUGCACAAGAGAGGUUUGAGGAUGCAGCCAGGUACCGCGAUGAGUUAAAGGAUAUUGCUCCCCACUCUCUCUUGAAAUGCUCAAGUGAGGCAACAACACUCGACGACCCACAUUGGGUCCAGGGGGUUCACCCGAACCUCCUCCGCAAAAAAAUACACGAUAUGUAUAAGGGAAUCAGGGUUCAAGUUAGAAGUGUGUACAUCGAAGGUCGAAGUCAACCUUCAAAAGGCCUUUAUUUUUUUGCUUAUAGAAUAAGAAUUACCAACAACUCAGAUCGUCCUGUUCAACUUCUUAGAAGGCACUGGAUCAUCACUGAUGCGAAUGGAAAAACGGAAAAUGUCUGGGGAAUUGGUGUAAUUGGUGAACAACCAGUGGUACUUCCCAACACUACUUUUGAAUACUCAUCUGCAUGCCCAUUAGGAACUCCAAGUGGAAGAAUGGAGGGUGACUUCGAGAUGAAGCAUAUUGACAAAGUAGGCUCACGGACAUUCAAUGUUUCCAUCGCUCCUUUCUCUCUCUCCAAAGUUGUAGAUGGCAGUGAUACCUUUUCCGAUGGGAGCUGAGAAUAUUUUGAAGCAUGCAUUUGUACAUUUUUAUAUAAAAUUUUAGGCUAAGGUUGUGUUUUAGUUGCUGGCAGAUAAUAAACUCAUUGGGUGCAUUCGAUAAAUGUUAUCGCUUGAUGUAAUAUAUUCCUUCGAUAAACCGUAUGAAACAUAGGGAUCUCAUGCAUUCUUUUACAUCGAACAUAUCUAUCUGUGAAUUCUAAUUGUAUAUAAUAUCAUAUUCAACUCUCUCCUUUUCACACUUAAA